UUUUAACCCAGUUUGAUCCCAAGUCAUUUCUCUUUUUUUUGAGCAGUUAACAAAAAUGCGCAGUAGAUGGCGGUAUAAUCCGUUUUUGCAGCGGCUUCUCGUUAACUGCCUGUGAGAUGCUAUUUUUAUGCAUCGUCUCAUUCUUUAAUGCGCAACAGGGUGGCAAAGACAAAAUGCAAAUACCGGACUCCCAAGAAAACCUGACUAAUUUAGAAGUGAAGAAAGUUCAUGCGUUUGAGACGGCCCCUGUUAAAGCCCAGAAAAACCCACGGUUGAUUUACUGGGAAGAGCUUCCCCACCUCAGGAUAUGCGAAUCAUCCAUUGGAGACAGUCUUGCUGAGAAGCUGAGCUAUGAGCAACUGAAGAUAUUGGCAGACGCUCUGGCUUCCUUCAGCAAUGAAUCCCGGCCCCAAGAGCUUAAAGAUGCCGUAGACGGAGGGUUAAACUGUGAGGAUUUUCGAAAAGUACUGCAGACUGUGAUGGGUCCAGAAAUUGAGGAUGUUUGUGUGGAUAGAUUCUUCACUGAGGUUGAUAUCCCAUGCAAAGGAACGAUAACGUCCAAACAAGUCUUUGCCUACAUUCAUCUCUACUCCACUGAACGAGUGCGACGUCACAACUCAAAAGAUGCUCUCCUCAACUGCCAUCCGCCGUUCACGCAGUGCCCCUUUAACUGGGGUAAGACGACUGUGCGAGUGGUCGCCGUUUACAAACCGCCCCCGCUCCACUUUGUCAGUGUCAGCCGUGGAGGUCAGCUGACUGUGUGGAACAAUCGGCUAGAGUACCCAAAAAGCUUUGAGCUUGCAAGGAAGCAGUCAAAGUCGGACCCAGCUGCUGCCAAAGGGUCCAUCACUGAUGCAGUCUACAUGGCCAACGUCAACUUGAUCGCCAUUUCCACAGAGUGCAGGGACCUUCGUUUUGUCAAUGUCGCUUCAACCAACAUAUUUGAGGACGUUAUGCUUUAUGGCUUCCAUAAUGUUCUGUCCACCCUGUGUUACUGGUAUGAUUCUAAGAAUCCAGAUAAUCCCUCGCUACUGUUGAUGGGUGACGUUGAAGGAGGAGUCCACCUGAUGAAGCUCCUGCAUCCAUCUGAAGGAGUUUUCAAUAUCAUCAAUGCAAAAGUCUCCCAAUCUGAGGGGAUCUAUUUCCCAAACAUUAGCGGGGAGCACCACAACAUGGUCUCGUGUCAGUACAUCCCCAACAUUCACCAUGAAACCAUCAACAGACUGAUGUUCGAGCCCAGCACCAACAUCAUCAGGUCAUCUUCAGAAAGUGACAUCACCUCGGUGGUCUCCAUGGACAUCUACCAGAAGGAGAGGCCGUCCGUUUGGAAAAUCAAACAGGGAGUGACUUGUUUUGACUACAACGCAUCUCUGAGGCUGAUGGUGACCGGCGGGUGUGACCGGGUAAUUAGAGUGUGGAAUCCCUUCAUUACUGAAUCCCCUCUAGCUAAAAUGGAAGGUCACUGCACGUCUGUGUUGGAUGUGGCAAUCUACGAACCCGUGAAGCAGAUCUUCAGCUACUCCAGCGAUUCUGAGCUGAGAGUCUGGGACAUUACGAGUCAGAAGUGUCUGAAAACAGUCUUCCUACAUUUCCCCUGCCUUCAGCCACUCUGCAUCCCCGAGCACUGCAACUUUCCCUUCCUUCUCAUGAGUCCUCCUCUUUCCGACGGGACCCUACCGAAUCUAGUGGUGGGAUGUAAAGAUGAUCUGGUCCUGAUCCCACUGGCAGAAGAAGACGCGGCUUAUGAGGGAUGCUUGGCAGACGAAGGGAAGGCCACCCUGUUGUGUGCCGAGUACAAUCCAACCCUGAGACAGGUGGUGACGGGCCACUCGGACUCCUCCUUGUCGGUGUGGGAUGUUGUAACAGGAGUGAGGCAACUGCAAGUGCGCAAUGCUCACGGAGUUGUUGCCAUCACCUGCAUGGCGCUGGACCACUCCCACCGGCGGCUGAUCACCGGGGCGGACAAUGGCACAAUCAAGGUUUGGAGUUUACUUAACGGCCUCAACCUGAUCAAACUGGAGCCAGCCAUCCAUACAGAGGUGGCUGGCCUGACGUGCCUGGAUGAUGACAAGCUGUUGGCCAUCGGAGGAGACAAACAGAUCAUUCAAUAUGACAUUUCAAUCGCUAAGGAUCUUGACAUCAUCAUCUCUGCGGAGAAGUCGUGGAAGGCAAGCUGUGUGCACAAAGCAGACAUCUUGGCGCUGUGUCACAGCUCCUCGCUGGGCCUUAUUGCCACAGCCAGUCGUGAUGGCGAGGUCAUCAUCUGGAGGACAGAGACACAGGAACCCAUCAUACAUUUACGGCGACAUGCACAGACAGAGCCGAUGCCCUCUGUAGACAGCCUCCUGUUCCUGCAGCACCGGGCCAGUAAGAGUUGGCUGAAACACGACGCCGUCCUCAUCUCAUCACACAGCGGGUCGCUCUACUUCUGGAGCGUCAGUGCAGUUCCACACAGAUACACUCACUUCUAUGCUCCAGAGGAGCCAGGCGCCUGUGUGCUGAGUCUGAGCUCUGAUCAGGCCAAAAACUCUCUCCUCAUCUCAGGCGACACAUCUGGCUGUCUUCAGAUCUGGGACAUAUCUCAGUAUGCACUCGGUAUUGGUAGUAAGCCCCUUUGUGUACAACCUCCCCUGCAAAAGUCCUGGCUUGCUCAUAACUCAGGACUGAGGAGCGUGGAGGUCCUGGUGGUGGAGGAGACCCGCUUCAUCCUGGCUGCCUCUGAGACCGGUGCUGUUGGAGUCUGGACUGACGAAGGGGUUCACGUGGGUUCUUUUGGAAACGGAGCCACGUGGGAUAUCCACGACCCUGCGACUUACCAGAGUAAUAAGAUAAUCCAGGAAGAGGAAGAAUGUGAAGAGGAAAUGAGUGAGGACAAAGGUAAAGAAGGAAGCAGCGACGGUGAAACUUCAGGGGACGAAGGCUCAGAGGAGAACUAAAUAGUUGAAGAGACUCAGCUACCAGAUUUGAAAUUGGAUUCUGCCAUCAUAUCAAAAGGAUAUUUCAUUGGGUUUAAUGAAGUCCUGUUGACAUUGUGAAUGGGGCUUCUCUGCUUUAAUUUCCUGUCAUAUAGGCUGUUUCUUCUGCAGAUGAACCCACGUGAAAAGGGAGCAGCAGAGUCUUUUAUUCAGAUCUGUUCUAUAGUACAAUCGCAUCUGUGCAAAAUAUAUUUUACUGAUCACAUUGUUGGAACGCUGCUUCGUUUGGUGCAAAACUCAAAUAUGCUUAUUUUUUAAAAAUGUAUGUUGUUCAUGUCAAUGUUUAGGUUGUUCAUUUAUGUAUAAUUUCCUUUUAAAUCUGGUGAAGCUCAACUAUCUGAGUCAUAGUUGGGCUUCACCACAGACUAGGGUUGCUUUGUUUAUAAUAAUUCAUGCUGUGACAAAGUUGCCUGUUUGAAUUCUACUUGAGGCAACUUGGAUCAAACCUAUUACCUUUCUGUUAAGUUAGUUUGUAAGGUCGUCCUGCACUGGCUUGGGUUUCCUCUGGACACUCCAGUUUCCUCCCACUGUGCAAAACAUGGGUUGAAUUGUUGACUGUAAACUGGGAGUGAGUCAUUUCUGUGGUUGUGGUUGGCAAUGUGUCCUGGGAUCUCCAACCUCUGACCCCGUGUUGCUGGGAACAACUCCAGCCUGAUUGUUGAUUCAGCAAACUGAGAUCAAUACUUCGGAGUCGUUGGACAGACUCGCGUCCUGCACUCCACGAAUGACAUAAAUGAUCAGUGAUGUUCCAAAAAUGAGUGACUGCAUGAAAGAUAAAAGUCAACAAGUGAGCAAACCUUGGGGUUAUUAAUCAUAUUUGGAUAACACUGA